CCGUAGAGGGCGUGGCAUGUGGAACCGGGAGGAGCUGUUUUGGGGUGUUGUGAAUCCGUGUAGCCCAGAAAUCCUGAGUGGGAGUUGUCCGACCGAUUUGUUGUGUGUUUGUCUUGCGUUUCUCAGAGAUUAUCAACACGCCUGCAGCAGCUAUGCCCGGGAUAGAGAAGCUACCGAUAGAGGAGACGCUGGAGGACAGCCCGCAGACACGGUCUCUUCUGGGAGUUUUUGAGGAGGACACUGCAGCCAUCUCCAACUACUGCACACAACUGUAUCAGGCCAUGCAGAGGAUUUAUGAUGCACAGAAUGAGCUGAGUGCUGCAACACACCUGACCUCCAGACUGCUGAAAGAAUAUGACAAACAGCGUUUUCCUCUCGGGGGUGAUGAUGAGGUGAUGAGUUCUACUCUGCAACAGUUUGCAAAAGUCAUCGAUGAACUCAGCUCCUGUCAUGCUGUCUUGUCCACACAACUUGCUGAUGCCAUGAUGUUCCCCAUCACUCAGUUUAAAGAGCGAGACCUGAAGGAGAUCCUUACUCUUAAAGAAGUCUUCCAAAUAGCCAGUGAUGAUCACGACGUGGCGAUUAACAGAUACAGUCGCUUAUCCAAAAGGAGGGAGAACGACAAGUUACGGGCGGAGGUGGUGGAGGAUGUCUACACCUCCCGCAAGAAACAACACCAGACAAUGAUGCACUACUUCUGCUCACUGAACACUCUGCAGUACAAGAAGAAGACAGCUCUGCUGGAGCCACUGCUGGGAUACAUGCAGGCACAGAUCAGUUUCUUUAAGCUGGGGUCAGAAAAUCUCACCCAGCAGUGGGAAGAGUUCCUGGGAACUAUAGGAACCAGUGUCCAGAAUGUACGCCGGGAAAUGGAGGAGGAGGUGGGGCAGAUGCAACAGACCAUCCAGGAGAUGGAGAGGGCUUGUGACGCCCUUUAUGCACCAUGUGACCCCGACCCCGCCCACUCACCUGUGAGUCGCAACCUGACCAGGAAGCAGGGCUACCUGUACAUCCGGAAUAAGACUGGGCUAGUGUCAUCAUCCUGGGAGCGACAGUACUUCUUUACACAGGGUGGAAACCUGAUGCAACAGGGCCGGGGAGAGGUGGCGGGCGGGCUGGUCACAGACCUUGACAACUCCUCCGUCAUGGCAGUUGACUGUGAUGACCGCCGAUUCUGCUUUCAGGUCACUUCCUUUGAUGGGAAAAAAGUGGUGACGCUGCAGGCGGAGAGCAGGAAGGAAUGCGAGGAGUGGAUCUCCACCAUCAACAACAUCUCAAGGAGGAUCUACCUGAGUGAAAAUGCAGAGGAGCUUGCAGCCAGAGUGAACCAAUCCGCUCUUGAAGCCGUGACACCAUCACCGUCCUUUCAGCAGAGACACGAGAGCAUGAGACCCACCAGUAAGGGGCGAACGGGUCGAGCGAGCAGCAUCAGCUCUGUGGGCUCCGAGCCAUCGCCCGCUCUUUCUGUGCUCUCACUGGAUGCACUGGUUGCCCCAGAAACACCCAUCCAGUUUGACAUAAUUUCCCCCGUCAGUGAGGAGAACUCAGGACAAAGCAAAACAGUACCGCAGUCCUGCAGGAGAAGUAAUCCAUUUGGGGAGUCAGGAGAGAGCACAGCAGAAGACAGUGAAGACUCGAUCCUCCACCAGCUCUUUAUCGUUCGCUUCCUGGGCUCCAUGGAGGUGAAGACUGCCGAGUCAGUGGAUGUCAUCUCUGAGACCAUGAGGCAGAUCCUGGCUGCCAGAGCCAUCCACAACAUCUUCAGGAUGACCGAGUCCCACCUGCUGGUCACCUGCGACUGCCUCAAGCUAAUUGAUCCUCAGACACAAGUGACGCGACUCAGGUUCCCUCUCUCCACUGUGGUGCAGUGUUUGUCCCAUCAGGACAACAAGAGGCUGUUUGGUUUUGUUCUGCAGUCGGCAAGCGGGCGGAGCGACAGCCGAGCCAUGUGCUACAUCUUUGAAUCCAACAACGAUGGAGAGAAGAUCUGUGACAGCAUCGGUCUGGCCAAGCAGAUCGCCUUGCACUCGGAGAUGGACCGUAAAGCGGUGGAGAAGAAAAAGGAGGAGGAUAAGGCCAAAGAGAAACAGAAGGAGGAACUGAGCAAGCAAAGACAGAUCGAGAAGGAUCUGGAGGAGCAGAGCCGCUUGAUCGCUGCAUCAAGUCGCCCGGCCAACCCGCCUGGCUCUGACGGACAGUUCCUAGUGCUUAGCAACAGCCAGUCAGAGGACAGUGACGCUGGAGAGGAGGGGAAGAAGAAGGGUGAGUCUGAAGCUUAACGACACUCAGAGGAUGCAUGUUUUACCUCCCAGGCGAGUCCCAGCUGGUAAAAUCGAGACCACAGCUCAGGAAUCAGAGGAGGGGAACACCACUCGCCCACCUAUCCGCCCGCGCGGACUGCCUGGAACUGAAAAACAUGUGCUUCCUCUGUGCAGGACUCUGAAGCUUGUGAUGGAGGCCUGUCACUCUAAAAUGGAGGAUAUAUCUAAUGCACCCUCACUGUAAAAGGGAGGGAAGUAGGUGAGGAAACGCCUCAUCCAGGACUUGUGUUUUAUUCUGUGUUAAAAAAACAAAAACAAACAAAGGAAAAAAAAAUGCUGCUUUUAUACCGGCUCCACUUUCAAGAAGAGACAUGACUAUAGAUUAACCUCUAAGUUUCUGUUUUUAUGUUUAUUUUAUAAGAAGAGCUAACAAAAAUAUGGAAGACGUAAAACAAAAUGUGAGAAGAAUAUUGAACCUGGGUCUGUCGGUACCGGCUCUUGCAUGAGUGCACUUUGAGAGGAAGUGAUGGUUUUUUUUACCCGUGAUGAAGGUCCCAGAGGGCAACAGGACACCUCAUCCACUUUCUCCAUCAGUGUUGUUGAUUUAAAAAAAAAAGAAAAAAGAAAGAAAGAGGUCAGCU